UAUAUCCAGAUUCUGAACACUUCAUGCCUGUAAUCUGGAAUGUUCAGUGAAGUGAAGAAAUUAAUGCUAUUUUCGUCCCAUGAGGCUGGGCUUGGUUUAAAUAUACUUCCCUUGGCAAUCUCAUAAUUUUUGCUCCACCCAGAGUUAGGCUAAAUGACUAUAAUUUUGACUAAUUUAGGGUUGUCUUUCAAGCCCAAUGACAGACAUGUUGAGAAUCUGCCAGAUAAUAACUAGAUAAAGGUUUGCCUUCAUAAACCAUCACUUCAGAAGCUGAAUGUUCUUACUGUAGAUGUCUCUUAGUGUGAUUCUCUGCUUAUUGUAUGAUAUUGGGUGAAUUAUUGGCAAUUAUGUAGGUGAACUAUCAUUUGAAAUUCAUUGUGUCAGCCUGAAAUGAAGUCAUGGUAGAGAGGAAAAAGCAAGCAAAUUUCCUGUUAACAAUGGCAGUUGUGAAAAUGAGAAGAAGAAUGGCAACAGGUGAAACGUUGUGGCCAGUGCCUAUGAAAGCAAUCGGAGCACAAAAUUUGUUGACAAUGCCAGGAGGGGUUACAAUGUCAGGCUACCUCCACAAGAAGGGCGGCACCCAGAUUCAAAUUUUAAAAUGGCCAUUGAGGUUUGUCGUCAUUCAUAAAGGUUGUGCAUAUUACUUUAAGAGCAGCACCUCUGCUUCUCCACAAGGAGCCUUUUCCCUGAAUGGUUAUAACAGAGUUUUGAGGGCAGCUGAAGAGACUACAUCAAGCAACGUCUUCCCAUUUAAGAUUGUGCAUUUCAGCAAGAAGCAUCGGACAUGGUAUUUCUCGGCAGCCAGUGAAGAAGAAAGAAAGAAGUGGAUGUUAAGUUUGAGAAAAGAAAUUGACUAUUACCAUGAAAAAAGGGAUUCUCAGCCUGUCAGUGACUCCAGUUCAGACUCUGAAAGCUUUUAUGGCUCCGUAGAGCGCCCUAUAGAUAUUAAAUAUAACCCUGAAACUGUAGAAGACCAUGAUUAUGGGGAUGAGGAAGAUGAAGAGGAAGACUAUUUGACACCUGAUAAAAGCCAUGAUUUACCACGGUCAACUGUACCUCCUCCUCAGUAUCCACCACCACCUGUUCCUCUCCAUAAGCAACGUCAUUUGCAUCAUGAAGCAGCAGCUCUUCAAAUUUCUUCAAAUGUUCCACAUGUUUCCAGCACAGUUUUAAAGAGGGAGUCAAUUCCAUUUCCACCAUUCUCUUUACCCUCUAAAGGUCCACCACCAUCACUUCCAUUUGCUCCACACUUGCUAAAGCCACCUAUUGAUCUGCCAAAUAAAGAUGUUUCCAUUCUUCCAGAAAAAAAAAGCCGUCAAGUCAGCAAGUUGUCUGUAACCACUCUACCAGCCAGUAGUAACUUUGAAAGAAAAGGUGGCAUGGACAGCAAGCAAUCUUCUGUUACUUUACCAUUGACCAAAGAGCUUGAAAAAAAACUUGCUAAAAACCCUUUAGAAAAGAAGCCCCAACUCCCAAUAGGACCCAAACCUGCCUUCCUAAUGCAAUCUACUGACUCUGAAAAGCAAGAUGUUGGACACGUUAAGAAACCAGGAUUGUACAAGCCGCCCCUAAUUCCUGCAAAGCCAAAACUAAAAACUCCAAACGCAGGCUUACAGAGAUCUUCACCAGAAGGACAAAGCUUUCGUUCCUUAACAGAUGCAUCUCCACAAGAGGAUAAAAAUAACAGUUCUGAUGAAGACUAUGAAAAAGUGCAGUUACCAGACUCUGUAUUUUUUGGAACAACAGAAACAAGUGAGAUUGAAAGGAUUUUUAAAGACAACAGCAUAAGAGGUAUUCCUCAGAAUGGACUUUAUUGCAUUAGGAAUUCAUCUACAAAGACAACAAAGGUUUUGGUUGUGUGGGAUGGAAGUUUAAACAAAGGAAGGAAUUACAGAAUAUAUGAAAAGGAUUACCAGUUUUUCUUGGAAGCAGAUAAAAUAUUUCACUCAUUAACUGAACUUGUUGAAUACUACCAUGCCAAUGUGCUCCCAAGCCAUGAUAAACUGUGCCUGAAAGUGCCCUUUACCUUCAAUAAACCGAGGUGAUGACUCAUCUAGAAAAAAAUGGAUGUUGCACUUCUCACCAAGAAUGAAUCAGCUAACAGAAGCAUGUGUGUAUCUGAAGUGCUAACAGAAGCAUGUGUGUAUCUGAAGUGUUUUCAUCCUGUUAUGGGAAAAUGAUGUAGACACUCACUCAUUAUUGACAUGUCUAUAAUGUGUAUAAAAUGUAUAUUAUGGACACUUAAAGUAAGAUUUAUGGCAUAUAAAUAUUGCACAUAGUUCUUAAAAUGCUGCUAGGUUUAUAGAGUGUUUGGGUUAUUCUGAUAACGGUUAAAAGCUACUCAAGGAAUUUCCACCUUAGAGGGCUCCUUGCAAAGCGACUCUAGCAUGGACUCCUAUAAUCUGUUUUUAUAAUUAUACAAGUCUACAAAUACUAACUAAUGGAUGCCAUAAGACUCACAAAUAUUCUAAAUUACAAGUCUAUGUAAUAACAAUUGUCCUUGCAUUGGCAAUACAACUAAUUUUCAUUUUUUCACCAUGUUAAUAAACAAAAUGAAAGUGUAUGCUCUAAAUUGUAUAAUGUACAAUGUGAUAUUACCAACAUUUAACAUUUUGCAUACAAUUGUGUUUAUAAGGUAUGAAUUAGGUAUGACAUAACAUUACUUUCAGAAAAUUAAAUGGAACUAGGCUGAGCCAGAUAGGACAAAAAAGAGCCACACAAAAAUAACCUGCUUUAUAUUUUAAAGGUGUGCGCUUUCCUGUGGCAAGUUUAAACAGAUGUUAAUUUGACUGACUGGUAUUGUAAUAUGAAGCCACUUCCAUUUCAGAUAAACUAAUUUAUAGUUUGAGACUUUGUUGCGCUGAAUUAUCUCAAGGGUAGAAAGAACGUACUUGAGACUUAAGUCAAUAAAUGGGAAGGGAAAAGCAUCAUGUCUUAAUGGGGAAUAUCAAGUUAAAAUAUUUCCAUAUUGUAUACUGUCAACAAAAUAACAAAGUACUAAAUCAGACAUUGGUAUAAUAAUAGUAAUAACAAAGGUGUUGUUAUUAAUUAUAGAACUAUGAUUUUAUCAAACUUGUAACUCAGUCCCUCAUGGAAAACUUUGGUGACCAUUUACAUUGUGUAAGAAUCCUUUGCAGAAAACAUACAAUGUACACUGAGAAUAUUGACUGUGGACUAUGCACUUUACUCUACUUGUCAUUACAUGUAUUUAUAGACUUUGAACCACUGAAAAGGUUCUGCUAGUCUGCUUUUAAGUGGUGCUAUAGUAGUGCAGAUCAUGAAAAGAAGAGAAUAAUUGAUCUAUCAUUUUUCUAACCCAUUUAUCCAAUCUGACCUUUUUGUCAUAUCUAUGAACAAAUAGAUAAAUAUUUGUUUGAUUUUUUAUGAAUCAAGAAAUGAGCACAAUGCUUUAUUUCUCUAAUGUAUUUUAGAAAAUGUAAUUAAAAUAAAAAAAAAUCCAGAAAGGUUUUUUUAAAUAAAAUUAUUUAUGUGAAGAAAAUUAUACAUUGUGACAAAUUCUUAUUUAAUUAUAUAGUAGUACAAUAUGAGAUAGGGUUGUCGAUAUAAGUACUGAGAUUCGAUUCCAUUUUCAAUAUCCAAUACAAUAUAUUAUGCAAGUAUAUUAUGGAACUUUACAUUAUAUAGUAAAAGUGAUUAAAUAUAAUUUUAAGAUCAUGCAUAAUAAAGUAACACGCUACGGCAGCAUUUUUUGUGACAAAAUUUUAAAAAUUGAGGGAGCAACAGAGCCUCUGUUGCCCAGCUUAACCCUGAAGCUACAGCACAGGAUAAACCUGACCCGCAGGUAAAAUUACUGCAGACCCUUGUCUUGAUGCGUUAAACAUUUAACUGAGUACAAAAAAUGUUUAACCUGAAGAAAAAAAAAACAUCCCUUACAUUUACACUUAUUAAUUACUGUUUCCAUAAUUUAGAAACAAUGUGCCACUCAAACUUUUUUAUGCUUGCAAAUCUUGCUUACACGCCUGCAUGUAUCUUGCGGUUUUCUGUCCCCAUUUGCCACAAAGCCAGAGUAUUUCCAGACGCCACUCCAGCUUCCUUCUUCAUCAGUUAAGUGUGCUGAUGAAAGCUCUGGUGCUGCUGAAAUUGCCAUUUUAUUAACACCUGUGUGUGGAUGGAAAUAGAACAAGAA